AUGACCCUAUACGAGUUGGUAGAUGCUAUUCCAAUCCACCACACAAAAGCUCAGUUCAUAUAUCAUCUGAUGCGCAUCCUGAUUCACUCUGGCUUUUUUGUCAGGCAAAAGAUCUUGGAAAGUGAUGAAGAAGGAGGUUAUUUGCCCACAUUGGGGCUCAUGCUAAAGGAUGAGCCCUUUAGCGUGACACCCCUUUUGCUAGCCAUGCUUGAUCUGAUUAUGACAAAGCCAUGGCACCAUGAGGUGUUCGAGGGGUUCAAUUCCCGCAUGGACGUUGGCGGUGGCACAGGGACAAUUGCCAAGGCCAUCGUCAAUGCAUUUGCACACUUGAAGUGCAUCAUGUUUGAUCUCCCACAUGUUGUGGUUGACCUCAAAGGGACUAAGAACUUCAGCUAUGAUGGAGGAGACACUAUUCCUCCUGCAGAUGUGGUUUUACUAAAGUGGAUCUUACAUGACUGGAGCGAUGAAGAGAGCUUGAGUAUACUAAAGAAAUGUAGAGAGGCGAUCCCAAGCAAAGAUAAAGGAGGAAAGGUUGUAAUCAUCGGCAUGAUUGUGCAAAAUAAAAAAGGAGAUGACGAGUCAAUUGAAACACAACUCUUUUUUGACAUGUUGAUGAUGAUUUUGGUGACCAGUAGAGAGAGAAAUGAGAAAGAGUGGGAAAAACUCUUCUUUGAUGCUUGCUUUAGUGACUAUAAAAUAACUCUUGCUUUGGGCUUGAGGUCUGUUAUUGAGGUCUAUCCUUGA